UCGGCGUAGAAAGAGGCGUUCUCUGGCUUGUGAAACUAGGUCUUUGAACUACAGACUUUUCACUGAACACAAUCUGCUCGGGAGAAAGGGUAGCGCAUCCACUACAUCUGUCCAUCUACUACUGUCCAGCCGAACCAUGCCAGCCCAAAUCAUCAGCGGCAAAGAGGUUUCCGCGCAGGUGCGGGCGCGCCUCAAGAAAGAAGUGGAAGAGAUGAAGGCUCAGGACCCCAACUUCAGCCCCGGUCUGGUCAUCUUACAGGUGGGCGACAGAGACGAUUCAAAUCUCUACAUCAGCAUGAAGAUCAAGGCAGCAGCCGAGAUUGGAAUAAACGCCACACACAUGAGACUCCCCAAGACAGCGACAGAGAAUGAGGUUCUCGAGCGUAUCCGAGAGGUGAACGAGAACUCCUCCAUCCACGGCCUCAUCGUCCAGCUGCCUCUUGACUCAGUCAACAAGAUGGACACCGAGAAGGUGACCAACGCCGUGGCCCCGGAGAAGGACGUAGACGGGCUGACGAGUAUCAACGCCGGGAAGCUUGCUCGAGGAGACCUGGGUGACUGCUUCCUGCCCUGCACCCCAAACGGCUGCAUGGAGCUCAUCAAACGGACAGGCGUAUCCAUCGCAGGCAAGAAGGCCGUCGUGGUUGGCCGUAGCAAGAUCGUGGGAGCGCCCAUGCACGACCUGCUGCUGUGGAGCCACGCCACUGUCACCAUCUGUCACUCAAGGACAGCCAAUCUGUCAGAGGAGGUCAGCAAAGCAGACAUCCUGGUGGUGGGCAUUGGAAAAGCAGAGAUGGUGAAGGGAGAUUGGAUAAAGAAGGGUGCUGUGGUCAUUGACUGCGGCAUCAAUCAUGUUCCAGAUGAGAGCAAGCCUAGUGGAAAGCGAGUGGUGGGGGACGUCGACUACACAUCAGCCAAAGAACAGGCAGGCUUCAUCACCCCAGUGCCUGGGGGCGUCGGACCGAUGACGGUGGCUAUGCUCAUGGCGAAUACCGUGCUGGGUGCCAAGCGUUUCCUGGACAGCCAUCAACCCGGCAAGUGGAGCAUCUCCUACACCGAGCUCAACCUCCAGAAGCCCGUUCCCAGCGACAUUGUGAUCUCCCGAUCGUGCGUGCCGAAGCCCAUCGACUGCAUGGCCCGGGAGGUGGGCCUGCUGUCGGACGAGGUGGAGCUCUACGGCAAGACCAAAGCCAAGGUCCAGCUGAGCAUCAUGAAGCGCCUGCAGGCACAGCCCGACGGGAAAUACGUGGUGGUCACUGGCAUCACCCCCACCCCCCUGGGGGAGGGAAAGAGCACCACCACCAUCGGCCUGGUCCAGGCCCUCGGAGCCCACCUCAAGCUCAACGUCUUCGCCUGCGUCCGCCAGCCGUCCCAGGGGCCCACCUUCGGCAUUAAAGGUGGCGCCGCAGGUGGGGGCUACUCCCAGGUCAUUCCCAUGGAGGAGUUCAACCUCCAUCUCACCGGGGACAUCCACGCCAUCACCGCCGCCAACAACCUGGUGGCCGCAGCCAUCGACGCCCGCAUCUUCCACGAGAACACGCAGACGGACAAGGCUCUGUACAACCGCUUGGUUCCAAUCAACGGAGGCCAGAGACAGUUCUCCCCCAUCCAGAUCAACAGAUUAAAGAAACUGGGGAUCGAGAAGACGGACCCCAACACCCUGACGGACGAGGAGGUCACUCGCUUCGCCCGCCUGGACAUGAACCCGGAGGCUGUGACCUGGCAGAGAGUUCUGGACACCAACGACCGGUUCCUGAGGAAGAUCACGAUUGGCCAGUCGCCCACUGAGAAGGGAUUCACCAGAGAGGCCCAGUUCGACAUCACCGUGGCCAGUGAGAUCAUGGCGGUGCUGGCCCUGACCAGCAGCCUGGCGGACAUGCGCCAACGCCUGGCCAACAUGGUGGUGGCCACCAGCAAGAGCGGGCAGCCAAUCACAACCGAGGACCUGGGCGUGAGCGGUGCCCUGGCCGUUCUCAUGAGGGACGCCAUCAAGCCCAACCUAAUGCAGACGCUGGAGGGGACUCCUGUCUUCGUCCAUGCCGGCCCCUUUGCCAACAUCGCCCACGGCAACUCCUCCAUCCUGGCUGACAAGAUAGCGCUGAAGCUGGUUGGGCCUGAGGGAUUCGUAGUGACGGAGGCCGGGUUCGGGGCCGACAUCGGCAUGGAGAAGUUCUUCAACAUCAAGUGCCGCUACUCGGGCCUGCGGCCCCACGUGGUGGUUCUGGUCGCCACCGUCCGGGCGCUGAAGAUGCACGGCGGGGGUCCUAAGGUCACUGCUGGCAUGCCUUUACCCAAGGAGUAUGUGGAAGAGAACCUGGAGCUGCUGGAGACGGGCUGUGGUAACAUGAAGAAGCAGAUUGAGAACGCCAGACUCUUUGGGGUUCCCGUGGUAGUCGCCGUCAACGCUUUCAAGACGGACACCCAGGCGGAGCUGGAGCUGAUCUGCAGCGUGGCCAAGGCGGCGGGCGCCUUCGACGCCGUCCGCUGCUCCCACUGGGCGGAGGGCGGGGCCGGCGCCGUGGCCCUCGGGCAGGCUGUCCAGAGGGCCUCGGAGUCUCCCAGUGACUUCAAGUUCCUCUACGAUGUCGAGCUCCCCAUCGCCGACAAGAUCCGAAUCAUCGCCCAGAAGAUCUACGGCGCGGACGACAUCGAGCUCCUGCCUGAGGCCCAACGCAAGGUGGAGCUCUACACCAAGCAGGGCUUUGGCAACCUGCCAAUCUGCAUGGCAAAGACCCACCUCUCCCUUUCUCACGACGCAGACAAGAAGGGUGUGCCCACGGGCUUUGUGGUUCCAGUGCGGGACAUCAAGGCUAGUGUUGGCGCCGGCUUCCUCUUCCCAUUGGUCGGAACGAUGCCCACGAUCCCUGGCUUGCCUACCAGGCCGUGCUUCUACGACAUAGAUCUGGACCCUGAGACGGAGCAGGUGAACGGGCUCUUCUGAGGCGGACCCCUGUGACUGGUCUACGGGUGCAGCGCAGUGUAUGACCCCCGUCGUUUGAAUUGCUGCUGGUGAAGAUGGACGUCAUGACAUUUCAGUGUGACAGUUAUUAGGAUCUGUUUAUGCUUUUCUUUUUCUCUCUCUCUCGUCUCCCUCGUUCCGGAUUUGUCUCCACUGCUGAGCCCUAAUAAAAUGUGAUGGGUCGUCAGUGAAAGUGCUGUGAUGUUUUUCUCAAGCCUCUCUUAAUAUGGCAUCCGAAAUGAAUGAUUUAGUUCCACUGCAAAGUCAUGCAGUGUAGGCUUAAUGAUACCACUUAAUCAGGCAGAACUGGCUGUAUCCUUGACAAAGCUGCGGGUAGAAAGUUGGCAUUGUCCUGUUUACAUUCCUUUUUAAUCUUUUAAAUGGCUUUUGCUUCACCCAAACGGCUCAGUUACAAAAGCCCAUUUCAUGUUUACUUCCAAUCAUAAAAAAAACGUCAUAUUUGAUUUCGCUGAAGUGGCAUGGCGGGGAUCCUUUCAUUUUGUGCUGUGGUCAUUAUACUGCACUCUCUAUGUCCUCGUUUGCUGUUUUCUUCUUCGACUAAUUUUGUUACUUGAUAUAUUAAAAAAAUGAAUAAUGAAUUAAAGCCAAAAAUUUGAAGAAAUGCUA